AAUAUAUUCGUGAAGAAUCUUUUGAAGGAAAUAAUAAAUAUCAAACCAAAACUUAUGGUUUGCAAAAUGCAAAGAAAGGUGUAAUUUUUAAAAGUUUUCCGCCCGUACUACGAAUACAAUUAAACCGAUUUGAAUAUGAUAUGCAAAGAGAUGCUACAGUUAAGAUAAAUGACCGUCAUGAAUAUCCCAUGGAAAUUGAUUUACAAAGCUAUUUAUCAUCAGAUAGCGAUAAGUCAAUAUCAUAUAAUUAUUUACUUCAUGGAGUAAUUGUUCACAAUGGUGAAUUACGUGAAGGCAGCUAUUACGUUCUUUUAAAACCAGAAAAUAAUGGCCAAUGGUUUAAAUUUGAUGAUAAUGGAGCUACACCUGUAACAGAUCAAAACGUUCUUGAAGAUAAUUACGGGGGUGAAGUUACUAAUGAAAGUAGAACAAAUGUUAACCAAUUUACAAGUGCAUAUAUCUUGGUGUAUAUCCGUGAAUCUGAUAUCGAUUUUGUACUAUCUCCGGUACUUGCUAAAGAUAUACCGGAACAUUUACAAAGACGCUUAGAUGAGGAGAAGGCUUUAUGUGCACAGAAACAAAGAGAAGCAGAAGAGCGUCACUUCUAUUUGUAUAUUAGGCUCGUGACUCCAGCUACUUUUGUUCGUUAUCAAGGGUUUGAUCUUGCUAAUUUUAACAAUCGACAAUUCCCACUAUCUGAAGUUCCGCAAUUUAAGGUUUUAAAAAGUGUUAAAUAUAGUACUUUUAAAGCUAUGAUCGCUCACAAAUUUUGGAUCUCACCGGAGCAAAUGAGGCUCUGGGUCCUUGUAAAUCGCCAAAAUCGAACUGUUAGGCCAGAUACUCCAAUACCGGAUAAUUUUCUUGACAUAGAUAUGAAAGCAAUUUGCAAAAAAAUGGGUCGAAGACAAGAUGAAAUGAAAUUGUUUUUGGAAAUAGCAGAUAAACCUAUUAUGGUAUGGUUCCCACCAAUUGGAGAGAACACUAAUAUAUUAGUCUUCAUAAAGUACUUUAAUCCUGAUACACAAUCUCUGGAAGGAAUGUGUUAUUUAUAUGUUCAAAAGUAUGGUAAAGUUGGUGACAUCAUUCCAAUUCUUUGUGAAAAAAAGAACUUUCCAUCACACACACACUUGAAAAUAUACGAAGAAAUAAAACCAAGCAUGAUUGAAGAGAUGAGACCCAUAUUAACUUUUCAGCAAUCCGAGAUGCAAAAUGGCGAUAUAAUUUGUUUCCAAAAAGUUUUAACAGAAGAAGAAAUACGAAUACAUACAGCUGCAGGUCGAAUUUGUGAUAUUCCUACAUUCUAUGAGUCAUUGUUGAAUCGUGUUGUUGUGGAAUUUAAGCCAAAACAUGAAGACCGUGAACUAAAACCUGAAUUUAAAUUAAUUUUAAAUGAAAAAUAUACAUAUGACGAAGUUGCUAAACGCGUUUCUGCUUUUUUAAACACGGAUCCUUUGAAAUUACGGUUUUCAACUGCACAUCCAAUGUCAGGUACAUACGAAACUGUAAUUAAAAGGACGACCAAGCAAACACUAUCAGAGCUGCUACAAACAACAUAUCUGCCCAAUUCAACGAGAUUAUUGUAUUAUAAAAUGCUUGACAUUAGUAUUAUUGAAUUAGAAACUAAAAAGUUCUUUAAAGUAUAUUGGCUCGGGACAACUGUUAAGGAAGAGAGAAUGAUUGAUGUUUGUCUCCCAGGAACUGCUAUAAUUAAUGAAGUUCUUCGAAUAAUUGUACAAAAACUAGCAUUAUUAAUACCUAGUUAUAGAAUUAGAUUAUAUGAUGUCUUAAAUUACAAAAUUCAGAAUGAAUAUGACAUUAAUGAUCCAAUAGAUAAAAUACAGGAACAUAUGACGUUAUACGCGGAG